AUGAAUAAACUUUUAAAAUUUUUAUUUAUUUUUAUUUUUUCAUUAAAUAAUGUAACAUCGCAAUCUAUUCCUUUAUUUACCCAAAUAUAUGGUUAUUUUGACCAAGGAAAUAGCUGGUCAUUUGACCCAUCAGGUGUUUCUGAAGUUGGUAUUUCAAAUCCAAAUGGUGUGUGUAUUGCAAGAUAUCCAAUUAAUAAAGAAACUAUUCAUGUUGGUUUCUUUAUAUCCGACGCAAAUAUAACAUUUGUUAUUCAAGGAGCGGUUUCUCUUUCAAAAGAAUUAAUAGUUAACAAAAAUUGUACAACUCAUUUCGAUAAUCAAAGUGAUGAUGAUGGUACAGAAAUUUUAAAAAUAAAUUUAAUGGAAGAAGAUUCAGUUGUUUUAAAUACAGGUAGAAUGAGUGGCAAAAAAACUCAUAUUUCAAAUAAAGGUGUUGUUAGAAAUAAUGGUGACAUGAGAGUAAGUGAUAUACAGAAUAUUAAGGGUCAAUUUUAUAGCAGCUCAUCUUCAUAUACCCAAUUAAAUGGAUUUUUAAAUAAUAAUGGUUAUAGUUAUUUUUCUGGUACAGUAAAUUUUAAUAAUAAUUCAUUGGAUGGUCAAGUAUUAUUAAAAACUACUUCAGAGACUAUAUUCAAGGAUUCACUUACAACAAUUAACAUGCAAAAUAUUAUAGUUACAGCAGAGUCCUCACUUAAUAUACAAAGCUCAGCUUUAUCAUCGAUUCCUUUUAACUCAGAUUCAAAAUGUUCAAUGAAAGUAACUGAUAGUUCAUGGGUUUUAAUAUCAAACAAUUCAAAUUUAGAUUUUACAAACACUACUUUAUCAUUAACAGAUUCAGCUAAAUUAAAUAUUUCAAACUCAAAAAUGUACUCAGAUUCAAAUAUUAAAAUGAAAUCUUAUACAACUUUAGGAAUAAAAGACAGUGGUCUUUUAUCAUCAAAUAAUUUUUUGGCCAGUGGUUAUUCUACAGUAAACCUUGAUCAAAAUUCAGUUCUGGAAAGUAAAAAUUUAAUUUUAUUUGACAAUUCAAAAAUGCACCUAGAUUCCUCAAUAAUCGACAUUGGUAUAAAGUCAGAUGGUUCCUAUGAUUCAAGUGAUGAAAUUAUAGAUUUACCCGAUAAAAGUAAAAUUUUAGCUGCUUUAGCAAAUAGCUCAUCUAUAACUGCACAAAACUCCUCAACCUUAAUAAUUUCUGGAGCUUUUGGUAUCGUCAAUAAUGCAAGUAUAUUUAUGGAAGGAUCAUCGAUGAGUAUUUCCAAAUCAUUCCGAUCUUUUGAUAAAACAUCAAUUAAUGGUACAAAUUCAAAGAUUGAAAUUAAAGAUCAGUUUGAUAUAAAUGAUGAAUCUUCAUUUUUAUUCAAAGGUUCCUCAUUGGAUAUAACUGGUUCAUUUAGCAUAAAUUCAAAUAAAAUCAAUAUUCAAAGAGAAUUUUUUGAUUCUAAUAUUAAAAUCGAUGGUAAAUUAUAUAAUAUUGGUAAAUUAUCUUUUGAAAAAUCAAAGGUCAAUUUAAAUAAAAAUUUUACAAGUAUUGGUCAAAUAAAAAGUAAUCAAACAAAUUAUUCAAUUUUACUGGGCCAGUUUAACCUGUAUGGUUUUUAUGAUGGUAUUGGGGAUACCAUAAAUUUAUUAAGUGGUCAAAUGAACAUUGCUAAACUAAGUUCAUUUAAUUGCGAGAAUUGUCAAAUUGAUUCAAAUGGAAGUAUUAAACAGUUCAAAUCAUCAAAAUUAAAGCUUUUCUCCUCAAGUUUUACAAAUAGAAAGGGAAAUGUAGAAAUGGAUGGUGAUUUUUCAUUAGAUGCAAAAAGCAAGCUAACAAAUGCUGGUGAAUUCAUUCUACAAAGUGAUAUAGUUUUAAAUGAUAAUAGACAACAGGAAAAUGAUACAUUGGAUACAUUAGUGUUAAAUCAAGGUAAUUUUACUAUUAAGGGAGAAAAUACCACAAAUGUAUUUGUCGAUUUCGAAAAUAGAGGGUCAUUAGUAUUACAACAAAACUCAAUAUUUAAAAAAAUUAAUCAAUAUGAUGGUAAUAUAUCUUUGUCGAAUCAAGUUGAUAUUCAAUCUAAUCAAACUAUCGAAUUAAAUGGAGGUUCUUUAUUUGGAAAUGGUUCUGUAACAGCUGAAAGUUUAAAUAAUAAAAAUGCAACUUUGGGUAGUAAGGAAUUUUUUUAUCAAUUAAACAUCAAUGGCAACUAUACUCAAGGUGAAAAUGGUAAAAUGAUAGUGACAAUUGACAGUACAAAUAAAAUAUCUUUGGUUAAUAUUAGUGGUAGUGCAAUCAUUAAUGGCACCCUUAUUGUAAGAAUGAAUAAAAAUAUGGUAGAAAAUUCCUCAAAUUAUAACAAAUCAAUGAUAAUCAUGCAUACUAAUGAAAUGCAAGGUGGCUACAGUUCAAUUCAGUUCAAAACAUAUGACCCUGAAACUGGUGAAGAGCAAGAUGACAACAAUGAUUGUAAUAAUUAUCAAGUGCAAUCAAGUAAAACUUCUUUUUCUGUUCUUUUAAAUGGUAAUAGUUGCAAAAAAGACGGUUUAACAACUCCUCAAAUAAUAGGUAUUGCUGUGGGUGGUUUUGUUUUUGUAGCUAUUGGGGUCAUGGUAGCAUCCUAUUUUGUUUUUACAAAAUAUCGUUAUUCAGAAAAUUCUAUUAAAUUAAAAAAAAUAAUUUCAAAAUUUAAAUAA